AUGGCCACCGAGGUGGAAACUGUGGCCUUGGGCACCGAGAGCGUUGUUUCAGAGUUAAAGCGAACAGUGGUGAUUGUGUAUGGCCCGGGCCAGGAAGGCAUCCUUCAGGUUGUGGCAGAAGUGCUAGGGAAAGCUUGGACGACUGUAUCGGCGCUGUCCAAAGUCGUGUCUGGCAGUGAUGCUCUCGUUUUGGGGAUCUUGACCAAUGACUUUGAGAAUACGAUGUCGGAAGGACGCGCUGAUCCGUCCAAAUUGUUACUUGUCAAUACUCACUGCAUCGAUGAUGGCUCCUUUCCGGUUGAUAGAUUGUCGGAGGGCUGUCAUUAUGAAUUCUUAUACUCGAAAACUCCCUUCCUUCGACGAGACCUGACACGCUUUCUGUCGUUGAUUCUUGGCCAACGGCGCCCUCAUGCUGACCUGGCAACCAAACGACGUACGAAUUUUAUAUCGACCACCUUUCCCGAUGUGCGCGCCGCCUUGCCGAACCUCGAUAUCUUGUCCGUCGGAUCAGACGCGGUCGAGCUUCGCGUUGAUCUUCUAGAGGAACCAGCAUCAGAUGGGAAUCGUAGCCCAAUCCCGAGUCUGAAAUAUGUCGGACAGCAAUUGAUGCUGUUACGACAGCACACUGAAUUGCCUAUAAUAUUCACGACUCGCUGCGUGAAAGAAAAUGGGAAAUUCCCCAUGGAAGAUCCACAGCUAUUCCACAAAUACCUCCGGCGAGCUAUUCAGUGGGGCAUUGAAUAUAUAGAUGUCGAGCUGUGGCUCCCCGAAGACAUUCGACAAGAUCUGUGUGACCACAGAGGAAACAGUAUCAUCAUGUCCGCGUUCCAUGACUUCUCUGGGACAUGGAAAUGGACGUCUCCUGAAGCUCAGAGGCUGUUCAAGGAAGGCGCUCGCUAUGCAGACAUCGUCAAGAUGAUUGCAAUGGUUAACACGAUUGAGGAAAACUACGAACUGGAAUAUUUCCGAUCUACUAUUAAGGCUAAUUACUCCUACCCGCUUCUCUCUGCCGUUAACAUGGGUCAGAAGGGACAGUUAUCACGAGCACUCAACACCGUCUUCUCUCCCAUCACUCACCCUCUCCUACCCAUCAUCGCUGCUCCCGGCCAACUAACGGCCGCCGAAAUCAACGGCGCUCUUCAUAUCAUGGGACAACUUCCCAAACGAGAUAUGUAUGCUAUUGGCACCUUCCGUUCUACGUCACAAUCCAUGUUCAUGGAAAAGUGUUUCAACGAGCUAGGUCUGCCGCACAGCUUUAGCUGCAUUGACCGUGGUCCGCGAGGAUCAAUCGAGUCGGUGAUUAUGCAGCCAAGUUUUGGCGGCGCAUACGUCAAUCCGCCACUCACCAGUUCAGCGUCGUACAUACCCACCAAAAGUGAUGCUGCCCGUGCAAUCGGCUCGAUUGACACCAUCACCGUCAACGGGGCAGACGGGCAACACAAGUUCGUCGGCGAGAACGCCACAUGGAAGGGCAUUCGAGCAACCCUGACAAGGGACUACGUGCCAUCUGCCUACCGAGGCCGAUCAGUCAUCGUGCUAUCCAGCUCAGAAAGUGACGCAACGGCGGCUAUUUUCGCACUGCGAAGUCUCGAUGUAGGCACCAUAUACACCGUCGGCUUCAAAGCAUCCGGCCCGCUGGCCGCCGGCCUAGAGCCGUUUACGUCCAUCCAGUCCGUCAAAUUAGUCGAGCAACCCUUUGUCAUAGUCUCGGCUUUGCCUCCUGAGAAAUCCCUCCUGGUGCAGCCUUUACUCCGCCACUACAGAAGCAGCGGACACACCUCGCCGCCGUCUACUCGUGGUAAAGUGUUUUUGGACUUGACCACAGGGACACGCAAGGGUGAUCCUCUCGGGGUUGCUGCCAGUGCCGGCUGGACCGCAUAUGGCAUCGACGACGUCAACGCGUGGACGACGGUCGAGACGUUGCGGCUGCUCGUGGGUCAGAAUGUCCCGUUUGAUUUCGUCCGCAUGGCCUCUGGUCACGGCAUGUAUUAG